AUCUCUUCCAGCUUGAUCCGUAGCAAGUGUGAAUAAAACAAGCUAAUUUCUGUGUUUAGAACUAUUGAUUCAGUGUUUUGUGUCCAAAGCCUGGUUAAACAAGAAGUGUUAUUUUCUGAAAAAAUCCGAAUUAUCCACGAAAGCAUACCACGAUGGGCGAUUCCGACGAUGAGUACGAUCGUAAACGUCGUGAUAAAUUUCGUGGAGAGCGAAGUGCCGGUGGUGGAGGUGAUAGCUAUGGACGAGGUGCAGAUCGACCGGAUCGUUCAAGGGGUAGAGAUGAUUGGUCUGAGCGGGCAAGACCACGUCAAGACUAUCGUGACUACCGGCCUCCUCCAAGAGAUCGAGGAUACUCUCCAGCUCGUGAAGCUCCUGCUGUGAAGCGUAUGCGCGGUGAAGCAUGGGGCGAUGAAGGGCGGCACAGAUUUGGGGGUCAUGAUGGCUAUGGAAUUUAUGGCUACCCACAUGAACAUUUUGGCAUGCAUUCUGGGUCCGGUUCUUAUGGUCCCCAAGCGUCUUCACAUCAGAGAUAUUUUUCUCAUUUAAGGGAGCCAGCAUCAUCGUUAGAUACCCAAACACAACCCUGUAUGAUGACGCUGAAACAAUUUCUUGCAACUCAAGAUGAUUCGAUAUCCGACUCCGAUGCGAUCGCUAAAUACAACGAGUAUAAGCUAGAGUUUCGUCGACAACAGAUGAAUGAAUUCUUUGUAGCACAUAAAGAUGAGGAAUGGUUUAAAAUCAAGUAUCACCCAGAAGAGUCUCAAAAACGCAAGGAAGAACAAUUAGGGUUUUUGAAGCGUCGCUGUGAGGUGUUUUUGGAGCUACUGAAUUCUAACGAUAUAAACAAAGUUUCUGUAGAUGCAUCGAACAGUGAUGCACUGUUGAGGCUCUUGGAUACAGUGGUCAUUAAACUCGAAGGUGGUACAGAUGACGAUUUAAAAGUGCUCGAUGAAAAACCAGUAUCCGUCGAGCCAGCGCGUUUACCGUCAACGCUAUCCUUCGAUAAGCCAAAAGCUGAUGCUAUUGUCACAGGAACGCCCGGAACAGGGAAUGCUCCUAAUGUAUCAACGGAGGAUAAGCAGGAAGACAUGCAGCAAGAGACUGUAAGCAAAAACGCGACGAGUGAGGAUUUUUCUAAACAAGAUGCAGAAAAUGGCAAUUUAACUGAUCAACUAGACGAAGCAUCUGGAGCUAUUAAGAUUCCUAGCCCAGCUCUUGGCAGCACCGAAGAAAAUGAUGCAGAUUUGAAGCAUUCAAAUAACGAAAAGAACGAAAAGCAAUGUGAAGAGGAAAAAACUGAAGGAGAUCGAAAAAAGCGAAGUCGUUCAGAUUCUGUGUCUAGUUCUUCUUCUUCAUCUUCGUCGUCAUCUAGUGAUUCGGACGAGGAAAAAGAAGGUUCGCGAAAACAAGAGGAUGAAGAAGAGGAGGCUGUUAAGGAAGGUGAAGAGAAAGUUGAAAAAGAUGAAGAAGCAUCCUUGGACAACAAUCCAACUGAUGUAUCGAAGCAGGACGAAGGUGAUGGCGAUGAGAAGCUCGUAGGAAAGACGGAAUCCGAUAUUUCCAUGGUAGAUGAUGGUACCAAGAAAAUUGAGGAUAGUUCAACCAGUGGCAAUGCUGACAAUGAAUCGAAUGCAGAUAAGUUACAGAAAGAUCAAGAUGAUUCUAGUCAGCCAAAACCGGAAACCAUAGAUUUGGUUAAAGAUGCACCUAACGAUAGUAGCCCCCGUGCGCUACACCGGACAAGUUCGAUCUUUCUGCGCAAUUUGGCCCCUUCAAUUACAAAGGCUGAAGUAGAAGCAAUGUGCCGCCGCUACAAUGGAUUCCUUCGGGUAGCUAUUGCAGAUCCAUUACUCGAACGUCGCUGGUUCAGGCGUGGCUGGGUGACAUUUAAACGAGAUGUCAACAUUAAAGAAAUAUGCUGGAAUUUGAACAAUAUUCGCUUGCGUGAUUGUGAACUUGGUGCAAUCGUUAAUAAAGAUCUAAGUCGACGAGUGCGCCCAGUUAACGGUAUUACUUGUCACAAGACGGUUGUGCGCAGCGACAUUAAACUUGGGGCAAGAAUAGCCCACAAUCUAGACGAUAAGUGGGGCCUCUGGAAAGAUGGAUGGAACAAUGGAGGCGACUCGACGGAUACUAAAAAUGGCGCCAGUGGACAAGGGGUUGUUUCGUUUGGUUUGCAAUCUAAAAAUCCAGUUUUGCAAAAUAUUACCGAUUAUUUAAUUGAGGAAGCAUCAGCAGAAGAGGAAGAACUGCUGGGUCUUAGUGACGAAAACAAGAAGGGAUCAGAAGGAGAAAAUAUUGAACGAGAUCCACAAUUGAUAGAGGUUUUGGAUAAAUUGAUUCUAUACCUGCGUGUGGUUCAUUCAGUGGAUUUCUACAACCACUGUGAGUAUCCGUACGAAGAUGAAAUGCCCAAUCGAUGCGGCAUCAUACAUGCUCGUGGUCCACCACCGCAAAGCAAAGUGACCAGCAAUGAAAUUCAUGACUACACACGCACAUUCGAGGGCAAAAUGGCCUCCUUUCUUACGAAAAUAAUCAGUUUAGAUGAGACAGAGAUGAAACAACUUGGCUCAAAGGAUGCCGAGGCCGAAGUGGAAAAGUUCAUAACGGCGAACACACAGGAGCUGGCGAAAGAUAAAUGGUUAUGUCCACUUUCUGGUAAGAAGUUUAAGGGGCCAGAUUUUGUUCGAAAGCACAUAUUCAAUAAACACGCGGAAAAGGUUGAAGAAGUACGUAAAGAGGUUGAGUACUUCAACAACUAUCUGAAGGAUGCUAAACGCCCGCAGCUUCCGGAACAUCCAGGCAACAACAAAAAAAUAGGAUCGGAAAACGCAUUAAACGCUUCUGCGGCUGGUUCUGGCGGAUAUCGCAAUCAACCGUUUGGAAUGGCUCCCAGUUACGCUUCUGUGUAUGCACCGUACGCCGCGGGACCAAUGAUGGCACCUAAUCUUCGAGGCAGACCACCAUAUGGUCGUGGGGGAAGAAUGGGCGGACCAGAUUAUCGACCAGUAAUUCACUACCGAGAUCUGGAUGCUCCUCGUGAACCGGACGAGUUUCUUUAAACUCUCACUGACCUCUACGCUGUGCUGACAGGCGUAAUUUUGAAACAACACAAAUUUUAUAUUUUCUGUUCGAUCAUAUUAUUUCUAGGUUG